CCACUGAAGCCAAGACACGUGAAAGUCCUGUCCACUAAAAUGGGUCUGAAAGUCACGUGGGACCCACCCAAAGAGGCUACCCAUAGAUCCGUGGACCAUUACAACAUAGCCUUUGGGAAGUCCCUGAAAAGCCUCCGAUACACCAAGGUGAAUGCAGAGAUACUCUCCUUCCUCAUUGAGGAUGUGGAGCCGGGGGUAGUGUACUUUGUGCUGGUUACUGCAGAGAACCACAGUGGAGUGAGCCGUCCUGUUUACAGAGCUGAGAGCUUGCCUGGAGGUGAAUGGAUCAAGACUGAUGGUUUUCCCAUUAAGGGUCCAGGACUGUUUAAUGAAACCGUCACAGAAAAGGAAGUACCUAACAAACCCUUGCGUGUACGAGUCCGACCCUCAGACGACCGGCUAUCUGUCACGUGGAAGGCACCACGUCUGUCUGGAGCCAAGAGUCCACGGAGAUCAAGGGGUUUUCUUCUGGGCUUUGGGGAAAAUGGUCGGAAGAUGAAGUAUGUUCCAUUGUCAAGAGAUGAGAGAACACAUGAAAUUCAGAAGCUUGCUUCCGAGUCAGUGUAUGUGGUCUCACUCCAGUCCCUGAACUCGCAGGGUGAGAGCCAGCCAGUCUAUCGUGCUGCACUGACCAAGCGUAAGAUCUCAGAGGAGGAUGAGCUGGAUGUCCCCGAAGACAUCACUGUGCGGGUGAUGUCCUCACAGUCUGUGCUGGUAGCCUGGGUGGAUCCUCUUCUAGAAAAGCAGAAGAAAGCUGUUGCCUCAAGACAGUACACUGUGCGCUACCGAGAGAAGGGUGAGCUGGCCCGCUGGGACUACAAACAAGUCUCCAACAGACGUGUGCUGGUAGAGCACCUGAUUCCAGACACCAUGUACGAGUUUGCAGUUCGCAUUUCUCAGGGCGAGAGAGAUGGAAAGUGGAGCACCUCCGUCUUCCAGAGGACCCCAGAGUCUGCUCCUACCACUGCUCCUGGAAAUCUUAACGUCUGGCCAGUCAAUGGCAAAUCCACCGCUGUCACUGUGUCAUGGGAUGCACUGCCUGAAACUGAAGGGAAAGUGAAAGAAUACAUUCUCUCUUACGCCCCGGCUCUCAAACCCUUUGGAGCAAAGUCCCUCACCUUCUCCGGAGAGACUACUUCUGCCCUAGUGGAUGGCCUGCAGCCUGGGGAGCGCUAUCUGUUCAAAAUCCGAGCAGCAAACAGGAGAGGACAGGGGCCUCACUCUAAAGCCUUCAUUGUCGCUCUGCCAACAACAAGACCCAUUGAGCCCGAUGCUCCACCAAAAGCCGAUGCGGACAAUGACUGGAAGCCUGAAAAACCUGAAAACCAAGGCAGAAACAUCAAGAAUCCACUUCUUGAUUUGAAGAACAAAAUCUUGGCAAAUGGUGGAUUGUCCAGGAAGCCCCCACUGCACCCUAAGUUGGAACUUCAAUCGACAGAAGUCUCUGAGGAGGAGAAGGUGCUGGAGACUCCAGAGGACCCUACCACAGUGCCUGUAGCAGGCAGAGACCAGAGGCCACCACCCAGGCCUGUUCCUGGCAGGACUCCUUUGAGAGGCCGAGCCCCAGGGAUGCCUAAACGAGGCUCCUCACUGGCUCCUCGCCCAGCCUCCUCUGUCCCCCGUGGCUCUGCUGAGGACAGAGUCCGCCACCCUUCGGGGGAACCCUCCACCAAUUCGCCCUCACUCUCUGCUGGCAACGAUUUUUUGGACCCCGAGGAGGAAGUACUGGCUGCCAGUCCCCCACAGCUGUCCCCCUCGCGGCCAGCCUGGGACUCCAGCACUCUGCAGGACAGAAACUCUGCACACCGUGUCCCCAGACCAGUCUCGCCUGCCCGGAGGAUGCCCCACUCUGGGGGGCAUAGGAUAGACAAAGCCAGCACCUUCACCCCAACCUCGAGGGGCUCGGCCCAGUCCUCUCUGCCUUCCUCCUCCUCAGGGUCUUCUAGACUGUCCCCAAGGACACAAGUAUCUCAAGAUGAUGCUGAGGAAGAAGAGGAACAGUAUGUAGAAGGCAGAGGGUGGCAAGACCGGGCAGAGUCCCCCAUGACCGGUCACCUCAGUUUGCUUCGACACAGGCCCCUUGUGACCCCAAGAAGACACCCAGGCAGGUUUGGCAAUGGCCGAGGUCUUCGGCUCCAGCCGUCUAGCUCCCCGCCAUCCCCAAUGUCCCCCCAAGGUCCGUCCAGGGGGGCCACUCACCCCGCCUCUGUUUCUGACCCCUUACGUGGCUCAGGGAUCCGGGGAUACCGGGAAGAAGAUGAAAAGCCACUGAUUAGCACAGUGCUCAGCGACCACCAGUCUUCUGCCUCCAGGCAGCCAGCUGCCCAGGGCCUGGACUCACUCAGAAGGAGCCCCCCUCGAGGGGCGAGCCUUCCGAAGCAGAAAGCCCCUGCUAAGAUCCCCCAAUCUGCCAGUUCUUGGGCUCAGGGCCAGUCUGUGGAUGCCAAUAACAGAGACACAGAACAGAGCACAGAAGAGCGUGGGGAGGAAGGAGUCCCCAAAACACACCCAUCCCCUAGAUCCCGUCACCAGACUGGGUCCAGUGUGCCCAAAAGGACAGCAGCUGGGGAGGGCCUGGGACGUGCAGGUCAGCUUUCUGCAGGCCAGGCAGGCAGACGGCCACAAUCACAGGCCACACACCCCUCCACGCAGCAUACGGCUGCCUCCUUCUCUGACCUCUACCCCUCACGGGGCAGCCACCCGGCCAGCUCCCGAGGAGUGCUCCCCACUACCUCCCAGAAUCAGAAUAGGGAUCCCCAGAACAGAGCUAGCGGCAGCCAGGAAGACAGCUUGGAAGUAGAGACUCAGGGGUCACGGACCAAGGACACCACACCAAUGCUACCCAAACAGCGCCAGGUGGAGUCUGGUGGCAGUCACCUCCGUAGGCCCGUGAGCUCCUCUCUGAGGCCCAGGGGUCCUGGGAGAGGGGGGCCCCUGGCCAGGGGGCAGGACAGUGCACCUAAAAGGGAGCAUCAGUUCUCCAAAUCCUUGCAGUCGGUCUCAGAAGAGGAGGAGGAGGAAACACGCCUCCUCCCCCAAGGGAAGGACGAGGACCCCGUGUCUUCCUCCGUGUACAAGCUGCCAUCCCCGUCCAAUCCCAGGGGCAGCAGAGUUUCUCAGGGACACCCAGUCCAGGAGCAGCCAGAGGGACGGGAACGUGGACCCGAACCAGCGUCUCCCAGGGCAGGCUUCUCCACAAGGGAACAGCAGGCCAGCGCCUCCAGGGCCUCCCAGCUUCCUUCGAGACACCCUGCGCGCAGCCCAGCCACACCCAGCCCUGUGGUGGGCACCUCAGCCCGGCCAUGGUCCACCACCCGUGCUCCCCCAGCCUACACCUCCACCACCCCGAUGCUGUCACUGCGCCAGCGCAUGAUGCAUGCAAGGUUCCGGAACCCGUUGUCCCGUGCGCCCGUGAGGUCCCCUCUCCGACAAGGUUAUAAUGGCAGUCCCAAUGUAGAAGCGCAACUUCUUUCUGGUAGUAACGGAAAACCAAGUGGACAAAGAAUUAUCAACGGCCCUCAAGGAACAAAGUGGGUGGUGGAUCUUGACCGUGGCUUGGUUCUGAAUGCAGAAGGACGGUACCUCCAAGACUCACAUGGAAAUCCUCUUCGAGUGAAGUUAGGAGGAGAUGGACAAACCAUUGUGGAUCUCGAAGGGACUCCUGUGAUAAGCCCUGAGGGCCUGCCCCUGUUUGGGCAAGGGCGGCAUGGACAACCACUGGCCAGUGCCCAGGACAGACCUAUUUUGAGUCUUGGAGGAAAACCACUGGUGGGCUUGGAGGUGGCCAAAACCACUACCCGUGUGCCCACCACUACCACCACUACUACUACCACCCGUCGGCCUAUGACCACAACCACACGUAGGCCUAUGAUUACUACCACCCGACGGCCCCCAACCACUACCACCCGCCGCAUGACCGUUGCACGCCGCAGGACAACCAUUCAAACAACUACACAGACCACCACCACCACCCCUGAGCCAACGACCCCCAUCCCCACCUGUCCCUCCGGGACUGUGGAACAGCACGACCAAUAUGGCAAUGUUAUCCUGGGCUCCAGUGGAUUCCCCGAGUGUGUCCCUGAAGAAGAUGAUUUCUCAGGGUUAGAGACUGACACAGCAGGACCCACUGAAGAAGAUUAUGUUGUCUACGAUGAAGAUUAUGAAGUUGAGACAUCAAGGAGGCCACCAGCCACUCCCAAAGCCUCCACUACCACUGUUCUUCCCAACAUCAUCUCUCCAGAAGGCUCCAUUAGUUCUUUUCCUGAAGAAGAAUUGGAUCUGGCUGGAAAAAAGAGAUUUGUUGCUCCUUAUGUGACCUACCUAAGUAAAGAUCCAUCAAUGCCAUGUUCUCUGACUGAUGCUCUGGAUCAUUUCCAAGUGGAAAGCCUGGAUGAAAUCAUUCCAAAUGAUCUAACGAAGACUGAUCAGCCUCCUCAACAUGCCCCCCGAAACAUCACUGUGGUUGCCAUGGAGGGCUGCCACUCAUUUGUUAUUGUGGACUGGAACAAGGCCAUCCCAGGGGAUGUGGUAACAGGCUACUUGGUGUACAGUGCAUCCUAUGAAGACUUCAUCAGGAACAAGUGGUCCACUCAGGCCUCCUCAGUCACCCACCUGCCCAUUGAGAACCUGAAGCCUAACACCAGGUAUUAUUUUAAAGUUCAAGCCAAAAAUCCUCAUGGGUAUGGCCCCAUCAGCUCCUCAGUCUCUUUUGUUACUGAAUCAGACAAUCCUCUGCUUGUUGUGAGACCACCAGGAGGUGAGCCCAUCUGGAUUCCGUUUGCUUUCAAACAUGAUUCCAGUUCCACGGAGUGCCAUGGGCGCCAGUACGUGAAGAGGACGUGGUACAGGAAGUUCGUGGGCGUCAUGCUUUGUAAUUCUCUACGGUAUAAAAUCUACCUCAGUGACAACCUGAAAGAUACAUUCUACAGUAUUGGGGACAGCUGGGGAAGAGGAGAAGACCAUUGCCAGUUUGUGGACUCACAUCUUGAUGGACGAACAGGGCCUCAGUCUUACAUAGAAGCCCUCCCAGCCAUCCCAGGCUACUACCGUCAGUAUCGCCAGGAGCCAGUCAGCUUUGGAAACAUUGGAUUUGGCACCCCUUACUACUAUGUGGGCUGGUACGAGUGUGGGGUUUCCAUCCCUGGCAAAUGAAUGGUAACCCCAGCUGGUCACACCGGAAGCUCAUCCUGUCUGGAUCCUUGUUCUCACCUGCCUUUGGGGCUGUGAACUGGACCACAAAGACGAGUCCAGACCUUCAUGGACCCAGGGGUCUGCCUCAUGCUGGACACUGGACAUGUCAGACACCUUCUGUCUGAAAUUCAGUCUUCCUGCUUGGACACCAUGGGGACCCAGUGUUCCCUUUGCUUGUCCACAUUUGGCUUGGGAUAGCUCAUCCUGGAG